AAAUGUAAAACUUUAUCAAUUAAUAGAUAAUUUAGUAAAUUUGUUGCUUAUAAAUGCCGAAUUACUAUUCAAGAAGUAUUGGUAUGAAUGAAAUGUAUUGUGACCUCCAAUCUCGUGGUAUUAAACGAAAGUUUGUUGACGACGACGAAGAUUCAGGGAAUCAAUCACUUCAGACACAGUCGCUGUCCAUCAGAAAGGGUGACAUUACUUCCACAAAUACCAUCAUCACUACCACUACAAACAACAAUCAACUUAAUGUUCAUCCAAUUUCUUCCAAACUGAACAAUAACUCGACAACAAUAACAGUGACGACAUCAACGACUACAACGACGCCACUGAAGGCCACUAUCUGUGCAAACCUGACAUCUCGUCUGUCAUCAUCACCACUGAAUCACCAGAAUCUGACUGUUCAACAAUGUUUUGUACGACACAGACAACAGAUAUUCAACAUAAGUAUGUGUAAACUGAAUCGUUUCCGUCAAUCCCCUGAUCCCAGUCUAUUGCGUUCAGUACUUAUUUGUAAUACUUUGCGGACAUUGGAGCGGGAAUUGGACAGAGAGGGCGUUAAAAUUAACUUUGGACCCAAUGGGGUCUCAUUCAUACCGCCCGUUAUGAACACCCAGAGUAUGACACUCGACCCCCCGCCCACUGUCUCCAAUAAUUCUCAGACUUUAUUAGUUAACUUAAAUAAUAAUAAUUGUAAUAAUAAUAAUAUAAAUAAUAGUAGUGUUAAUAAUAGUAAUAAUAAUAAUACAAACAAUGUUGUGGAGGGCAAUAGCUUAAUGGUGACAACCAGUACGUCAUCUUCGACGUCAAGAUAUCUGCCGAUGUGUGUCAUACCAGACACAGAAACUGAUUCAUUAAUGGACACUACAAAUGGUGAUUACGAUAAAUAUUUGAUGGAUUUGGACACAACAUCGGGUCGAGUGACUCCAUUUCAGAAGUCACUUUCGGUUACGAAUGUGGUCUAUGAUAACGAAUCUUCUUCUCUGGACUUUACAUCGAACUCAUUGUCAUCCCAUUCCUCAGCCAACAGUGCUUUUUGGGGCUCCGAUGAGGCGUCUGAUCGCUUAACAAGUAUUAAUUGGAGUUCAGUACUUAAUUUCAAUUCAUCGGUGACCACCUGUUCCGCCUCUACCAGUGCAAGCAAGACGUCUCAACUGAGUGCGAACGGUCACCAAAGCAAUGCCACGAAUGCAAGUGACGGAAGUGUUGUCUCUACCGAUGAUAGCGUCAGCCCAUUAAAUGGGAGAUCAAGCGUAACGUCUAAUAAGUCGAAUACCUGUUCAUUCACUACACUCUUACCUCCGACAACCAGCUCUUCAUCGACGGUCACACCGACUAUAACGACAAAUACGACGUCUCUAUCAACUGUUCCCUCGCUAUCGUCGACAAUAUCUCAAAACCUGUUGACAACAAAUGUGACAAAUAGUCAUACAGUCAUUAACGGCAAUUCAAUAUCAUUUUCAAGCAAUUCAUUAAAUGAUGAAAUUUUCGGUGAUAUAGACUUAUCGUUAUAUGAUUUUGACUUAUUAUCUCCACUUUCGCCACCAAAUGUCAAAUUGACAUCCAUUACAGCUGAAGAACUUAUUAGAACUAUUUCAUCGACAGAAACAAUGUGUUCCUCAUUGGUUACCACAGUAUCUUCACUAUCAUCUUCUUCAUUAUAA